CAAGCGUUUAACAAAUGUUUCGAGCAACUCUUCAGACGACGAACAAGAAUGGCAUAGUGUCGCGAUCAUUUUAUACCGCUGGAAGACUAUCUAGCUCAAAAUUCAACUUUGCACCCUCUCGGGCAUUCCAUCGAAAUACUGAUUUAGCAGCGUUAUAUCCUAAAGGUCCUUGCGUGGCUAAAGCCAGACAGCAAAGCACUUUUGUCGGGGAGCCAUCGAAGCAAAUUGACGUGAAGAUCGAAAGCGAAAUACAUAAAAAUGAACUUCAACUUACAGACCAACAAAAGGAAUGGAGACUGCCGGAAGAAGAAGCUCAGACUCCAGAAGUCAUCAGGCCUCUGCUCUACUUCUUAGGAGUUGGAGCUGUUUCUUUUGGAUUUGCAGGCUGGCUUUCCGUGAAAGAUACAAGAAAAGCGGUGGAAAAUGCAAAACGUCAAAGCGAACAUUUACGAGACUUACACGAUAAAUAUCCCGUUGGGGAAAGUGCAGAUAAGGACGCUUAUUGGGGUCCUAUAAAUGAAGCCGAUCUUCGCGUAAUCGAGAAGACCAACCUGAUCGAGCGAAGAAUUGCUAGGAUAGAAUGGUUACAAUACUGGGCCAAUGCCUUACAUCUACCUGAGCGAUUCCAAAAAAGGACUUUGAAGCGGUACAACGAUGACAAAGAGCUGUACAGCGAUGCUGAAAUCUCUGUUUUACCCAUUAUAGCUUUCACCGCUGUAGUAUUCAUCGGAAUCAAGCUAAGUAGAACCGGAGUGCUGGGUAAAAAUGCAUUCAACCACUUGAAGAAGCAUAUCCUACAGAUUCCUGCCGCUAAUAAACUGCAUACUCUCACAACAUCAACAUUCUCACAUGUACGGCUCGGCAGCUUCUUACUCAAUUAUUUCGUCAUACUUGGCCUUGGAAGCACGUUUCUACAAACUCCACACUUUCGUAAAGACUUGAAUGGCAAACCAUUACACACGGCAGAAAGGUCAACUAAAUUUCAUCUCCUUGCCUUUUGUAUCUGCAGUGGAACCUUUUCAUCUGUUUUCUCGCAAGCAUUUACACGUUUAAUGUUCAUCAGAGUACGAUCUUUAUUCGGCACACACGCGGCAAAAAAGAUCGUUGGACGAACCCCAGAAGUUGGUUCAGCAGGUAUAUCUUACAGUUUGGCCGCAAUGUCAUUUCCUGAUGCAUUUUAUGCUCGGAUCGAUCCAAUUGAUGGAUAUGAGGGCCAGCACAAAAGUCGUUUGGAACCACUCGUUUCACGUAUUCCAAAGUUUCAGAAAACAAACACGCAAGAUGAAUGGCUUAAAGUUGAGUCAAAAACAGAAACACCGCGGGUUUUUCGACCAUUUUUGUUCUUUGUCGGUAUUGGAGCAAUAGGUUUCACUGUCGCCGCCUGGGCUACCGUCAGAGAGACUGGAGAUGCGGUUGCUAGGGCAGGAAAGUUUACCAGCUUAAUACCGGCCGUACGUGAAAGUUUGCCAUUCAAGAUUGAAGGUGAUGAAAGUGCUUAUUGGGGAUCAUUAAACGAACAAGAUAUUCGAAAACUAUCGCAUCUUGGAAUGUUCUUACGACAACGGAAAAGGAAGGCAUUUAUCAAAAGAUGGUGUGAUCGCUUACACAUUAGUGAGAAAACCCGUAAAAAAUUCACAAGAUUCUCAAACAGACUUCUUACGCUAAGUCCUCUACUAAAGGAAGAGCAUAGAGUGACCGUACCUUUAAUUAUGUUCUCAACGGUAGCAUUCGUUGGCGUCAAGGCUUGCAGAGGAUUUCUCGGUCAAAAUAUGAUUGCUCUUAUGCGAAGACAUUUGUCGCAUAUUCCGGUCGCUAAUCGCUUACAUACACUUUCAACAUCCAAUUUCAUCCAUGUUAGAACGGGUAGCUUUCUGACCAAUUCCGUCAUGAUAUCAAUUAUUGGUGGCGCCUAUCUAACAAAUCGAUCGUUCUACACUGAUGAUCGUGGCAACUCCAAUCACACAGCUGAAGCUACGUCAUUCUUUCAUUUCUUGGCAUUUUGCUUUGCAGUCGGGACGUUUGGCAGACUAAGUUCUCAAGUCUUUUCUCGAAUUUUGUUAAUGCGAGCAAAGCAGAUUGCAAACCCAAAAACGUUGGCUACUGUCGGCAGAACACCUGAAAUGGGCUCCGCUGGAAUUGUGUAUGGCUUAUUAGGAAUGUCAAUUCCACAUGCAAUCGCAAGCGGUGAAUGGAGAGACAACAAGCAGCUUCCAUUUGUAGCAUUGUCUAUUCCAUCUCUUGCUUUGCUUCUUUUCAGCUAUAAUGGUGUACUUAUCGGGCUCACGGUAAUAGGAGCAGAAGCAGCGCUUAGCAUCAAUGCUGCAGCUCGAAUGGGAAGCACUCUUUUUGGAGCAGCGUAUUUCAGCUUCGGUAAUAAGUAUUGGGAGCGGCUUAAACAAGUCUUCUACGAACGGGACGAGAGAUUACAAAAAGCACUUCUUAAAAAAGGGAAUCUUGUAGCUGCAAUCCAAACUUUGGAGUCGCCUAAGCUAGAUGAAGCGCUUAGCAAGAAAGGUAAAAUCAUGGGAGCACUUGAAAAAAUAGAACCUUCUAAGGUCCAAGAAGCACUUAGCAAGAAAGGAAAGAGUAUUGACGUAAGUCAAUCAACAGAACCUUCGAAAUUCGAGAUGCUAAAACAGAAAAUUAAGGACAGAAAAAAUAAGCAUACCCAUGAUCAAUAACUUUAAAGCCUUACCUUGUCAGUUCAUAAUCACCACUCUAAUGAU